AGUUUAUUUAGAGCAAGCAAUUGAUAAUGUUGAUUAGAGGAAUCGGGUUGAAGAAAGCUUAUACAAACUUUUGUUUUUAUGCCACCAGAUAUGCUUCAAAUGUAUCAAACAGCGGAAGGUAUCCACCCAUGCAAGUAAUAAAAUCAGCUUCACCUAUUCAUUUUCGCAAUCAACUAAAACAAUGUAAAAGAAUUGUUGUAAAACUUGGUUCUGCUGUAAUUACUCGAGAUGAUGAGUGUGGUGUGGCUUUGGGGCGUCUAGCUUCAAUAGUGGAACAGGUAUCAGAAUUACAGAAUGCUGGAAAGCAGAUGAUGAUUGUUACAAGUGGGGCUGUUGCAUUUGGUAAACUUAAACUGAGAAGUGAGCUGUCAAUGCAACAAACCAUGCGUGAUUCACUUAGAUUAAAUGGAAGACGUGGAGGUUUAUUGGAUUCCAGAGCUUGUGCUGCAGUUGGACAAAGUGGUCUUGUCUCUUUAUAUGAGGAAAUGUUUAAUCAGUAUGGUGUCACAGUAGCUCAGGUUCUAGUCACAAAACCAGAUUUUCAAAAUGAUCGUAACCGUGAAAAUUUGCAGACAACAAUCGAAGAGUUAAUACACAUGCAUUGUAUACCAAUAGUAAAUGCAAAUGAUGUUGUUGCUCCACAACCUAGCCCAGAUGUAGAUUUAUCAGGGCUAACAUCCAGAGAAAGAACGAUAAUCAGUUUAAAAGACAACGACAGCCUGGCAGCCAUGUUUGCUGUGCAAAUGAACGCUGAUCUCUUAAUCAUCCUUUCAGAUGUUGAUGGUAUUUAUACAGGGCCACCAGGUGAAGAAGGUUCAUCUCUGUUAAGUGUCUAUCGUCCAAGUGAUAAAAAUCUUGUUCGAUAUAGUCAAGUAAAAUCCAGAGUAGGUACUGGAGGGAUGGAGUCCAAGGUUGAAGCUGCAUCAUUUGCUCUUGACAGAGGAGUGUCUGUUGUUAUUGCAAAUGGUGUAUUUAAAGAUACAACAAUUAUUACUGAUAUAUUAGAUGGUAAAAAAAUUGGAACCUUUUUCACAGAUGCUGAAAAUGAAGGACCAACAUCAGAGGAACAAGCUCUUAAAGCAAGAAGUUGUAGUCGGGCUUUGCAAAAUUUGACUCCUCAUCAGCGUGCUGAAAUAAUCUUUCGUCUUUCCGAAUUACUUAUCGAAAGGCAGGCAGAAAUACUAGAUGUGAAUCAAAUUGAUCUUAAUGCUGCAAAAAAGGCAGAUAAUUUAAGUGCAUCUAUGAUUUCACGACUUGCUUUAACACCAUCAAAACUUAAAGUUUUAUCUGAAGGAUUGCGUCAGAUUGCUAAUAACUCAUAUGAUUUACUUGGAAGAACAUUAAAAGCCACUCAAGUUGCAGAAGAUCUAGAGUUGAGGCAAAUAACAGUUCCUAUAGGUGUUGUGAUGGUUAUAUUUGAAUCAAGACCUGAUGCUCUGCCUCAGGUAGCUGCUCUCUCAAUAGCUAGUGGUAAUGGAUUAUUGUUAAAAGGUGGUAAAGAAGCAUCUCAUACUAACAAGUAUUUACAUUCACUUGUUCAAGAAGCUCUCCAAGUUCAUAAAACGAAUGGAUAUGUAGAUGCUGUCGCUUUGAUCGAUGGUAGAGAUGAAGUGGCAGAUUUGUUGCGAAUGAAAGAUGUUGUUGAUUUAGUUAUACCGCGUGGUUCAUCAAACAUGAUUGCAAGCAUUAAAGAGAUGAGUAAAGAUAUUCCAGUUUUAGGUCACGCAGAAGGAAUUUGCCAUGUUUAUGUUGACAAAGAAGCUGAGAUUGAUAUGGCACUGAAAAUUGUCAUUGAUUCAAAAUGUGAUUAUCCUGCUGCUUGCAAUGCUAUGGAAACAUUACUUGUUCAUGAGAAUUUGUUGCGAACAAAAGCAUUUGAUGUAUUGCUAGAUGGGCUCAAGAACAAUGGGGUAACUGUUCAUGCUGGUCCACGUUUAUGCAGAGCACUGCCAUUUGGUCCAGUACCUGCUAAAUCAUUAAAUGUAGAAUACAAUCAACUAGAGUGUGCCAUGGAGCUUGUUGAUGGAGUUGAUGAUGCUGUAAGGCAUAUACAUGAAUAUGGAAGCUCUCAUACAGAUGCUAUUGUGACUGAAAACAAAGAAUCUGCUGAAAAGUUUCUAAAAAAUGUUGACAGUGCAUGUGUUUUUCAUAAUACAAGUACUCGUUUUGCUGAUGGUUAUCGCUUUGGUUUAGGUGCGGAAGUUGGUAUUAGCACCGGUCGAAUUCAUGCUAGAGGACCAGUAGGCGUAGAAGGUUUGUUAACAACAAAAUGGGUGUUGAGAGGAAAAGGACAUGUAGUAAGUGAUUUUUCUGAUAGCGGCAAACGAAAGUAUUUGCAUCAACCAAAAGAUGUUGAACGUGAUGUUUAAAAUAGUUUUUUUUUAAACACGUUUAGUUGUUUGACGUUUGUUUGUUUUAAAAAUAUUUGUUUGACGUUUGUUUGUUAAAA